AUGGCCCCUAUGUACGCGAACGGCUACAUGUAUAUCUUUGAGCAGGAGAACAUCUUAACUCCCUUCCAAACCAACAUUGCUUUUUACAGACGAUACAUCGAUGACAUCAUCAUGAAUUGGAAUGGCACGCCUGACUCUACCACACACAUGCUAGAGACCAUCAAUAACCUUGAUACCCCGGUACGUCUCACCAUGACAACAGAUACCCAAACUGUUCACUUUUUAGACAUACGUCUCUACAAAGAGGAUAACACCAUAGCUUACACUCUCUUCAGUAAGCCAACCAACAGGAACACCAUCCUGCAUGCAACUAGUCACCAUCUAAGACACCUUAUCAACUCGCUGCCCCAUUCUCAGUUCCUAAGGGUGAUACCGAACAACUCCAAUAUCAAUAAUACCCACAUCCAGCUACAACAAAUGUGGGAUAAGUUCAAAUCAGGGGGUUAUAGCAACAAGAUUCUACAAGCGGCUCUUGACAAGUGUUAUGUAACGUCCACAACAGAACUUCCAAAAGAAAAGAGACUAGUCUUCCCAUCCACGUACACCACCAUGUCACAUCACCUUAAGAAAUCACUAGACCACAAUUGGAGAAUUAUGAGAAACGAUUUAAUUCAAUCAUCCAUUACCAUCCAUGAAAUUUUUGGCUAUCGACUACAUACCCUUAUCAAUACGUGGCGGUGA